CAGCAAGGGCAUCAUAUCUUAACCAGGUACCUGGAAAUUGUUUGUUUUUCUUCAUAUGUUGUCGGAAAUAACAACAGGCUGUUAGAUUACAUCUAAGAUGAUGCGUUUACUAACCUUCCUGCUGAUGGUCCAUAUUUCUCAAACUAAUAGAGAAACCGGAAGCUGUAAAGACAUCUUGCAUGGCUUCCUGUCUGGACAACUGUCGUCAGCUCUUGGAGAUCAUCAGAUUGGAGCUUUGAAGCAGCAGUUUGAAAGUUUCAAAAAUUCCAUGGAACGAUCUAUGAAUACAUUCAAGAAACAAAUGAAAGCUGAUGUUGAGAAAAAAGGUAGAAUAAACAAGAGCGUUGUCUAUACAAGAUGGGGGAAGAAGUCAUGUCCCUCGAAUGCCGAGCUGGUUCUUUCUGGAUACACUGGUGGAUCACAUUAUACCUACUCGGGAGCGGCUGUUGAGCCCCUUUGUUUACCAAGAGAUCCUGAGUGGGGCCGGUUCAAAAAUGGGGCUGACGGCGGUAGAGCUUAUGUAUAUGGAGCAGAGUACCAAACCACGGAUUACCUGAGCAGUCUCUAUGAACAUGAUGUACCUUGCGCUGUCUGCCUGGUCAAUAAUCGAUCUGUUCUAAGAGUGUUCCCAGCAAGGAAAACGUGUUACAAAGGUUGGAAAUUGGAAUACGAUGGAUAUCUAAUGGCGGGGAAUGCUGGACAUGCUGCUGCCACGACUUACAAGUGUGUGGAUAGGAACCCUGAUACCAUAGCUGGUGGUCAUUCGAAUCAUAACGGUUAUCUUUUCUAUCUAGUGGAGGCAAGAUGUGGCUCAUUGAAAUGUCCACCUUACGUAAACGGGCGAGAACUUGUAUGUGCUGUCUGUUCCAAGGCAUGACGGCAGUCAUAAAGUGUAAAACUGAAUAAAGAAUAUGCUUUCAAACAUACAUGUAU